GAAGCUCUCGGGCAAGGCGGGCAUUGAUGAGGUGAUGGCAGCUGCGGUGCUCACCAGCCUCUCCGCCAGCCCCCUGGUGCUCGGGCACCCACCGGCCACUCAUGCCACAGAGCCUGGCAGCGAGGUCUGGAAGGAGGCUCCUGCCAUGUCCUCCAGCUGCAGCAGCAGCAGCAAUGCCAGCGGGGACUGGAGCUGGGACCCCUCCAGCGACCGAUCCACCCCCUCCACCCCCUCACCCCCCCUCUCCAGCCACGUCCCCAGCACCUUCCUGCCUGGCCCACUCCCCGAUGAGGGCCCUGAUGAGCCCGACGGCACCCACUUUGUCUUUGGAGAGCCCACCCCACGGAAGAGGAAGAACUCCACCAAGGUGAUGUUCAAGUGCUUGUGGAAGAGCUGCGGCAAAGUCCUCAGCAGCUCCUCUGGGAUGCAGAAGCACAUCCGAACCAUGCACCUUGGCCGGAAAGCCGACCUGGAGCAGAGCGAUGGUGAGGAGGAUUUCUACUACACAGAGCUGGACGUGGACAUGGAGGCGCUGACGGAUGGGCUCUCCAGCCUCACCCCGGUGUCUCCCACCUCCUCGGUGCCCCCCACCUUCCCUGGCCCCGAGGCUCCUCUGCCACCAGCCCUGCCCAUCCUGGAGCUGGCCCUGGCCUCCCCCUGCAGCCCCCCGGGGCCCCCUGGCCGCUGCCACGUCCACACCGACCACGCGUACCAGGCCCCCCCCUCGCCCCCCCCAGGGGGGUUUUUACUCUUUGUAAUGUCAUUUCUCUCUCUCGUUUUGGGGAGCCCCCGCCGGGGCCAUGCCCCGGGAAGUGCCUGCAGGAAUGCGCCCAUUUGCACUAAGCCAAACUGCACAAAGAGGGGUCUUUUUUGUUUUCCUUUACUUUUUUUUUUCCUUCGUGUGGUUUUUAUUUUUUAAAUAAAAUAUAUGAAAAUUC